UGUCCCUGUGUGGGGCGGCGAUGGAAGACAGAGGGACAGAGAGACUUAUGGACCGAGUGGGAGGGAGGGAGGGCGGAGAAUCCCGAUAGAGAGACCUGCACACAGACAGAGAGAGAGAGAGAGAGAGCGCAGGACAGGCAGGACUCGGAGUCCGGCAGGCCGUCAGCAGCGCAGGCUCCACGGUCGGUAUGUAGCAGCGGAGGGAGCUGUCUGUCUGUCUGGGACUACAGGAGCAGAGGGAAACGCUGUGAGCAGACCCAAAACGGCCGUGGGAUUUAACACGAAAAUGAGACGCAAUUCGUCCACUUGAAGGAGACCGAAAACGCGCCGUCGCUCCUCUGAUUUAUCACCGCUUCUUUUCUUCUUUUCUGCGAAAAUGGCGAACGACUCUCCGGCUAAGAGCCUGGUGGACAUAGACCUGGCAUCACUGAGGGAUCCAGCUGGGAUUUUCGAGUUGGUGGAAGUGGUGGGAAAUGGCACCUAUGGACAAGUGUAUAAGGGUCGACAUGUCAAGACGGGACAGCUGGCGGCCAUUAAGGUCAUGGACGUCACAGAGGAUGAAGAGGAGGAAAUUAAGCUGGAAAUCAACAUGCUGAAGAAGUAUUCACACCACAGAAAUAUAGCCACAUACUAUGGAGCUUUCAUCAAGAAAAGUCCACCGGGCCACGAUGACCAACUCUGGCUUGUCAUGGAGUUCUGUGGCGCCGGCUCCAUCACCGAUCUGGUGAAAAACACCAAGGGCAACUCACUGAAGGAGGACUGGAUCGCCUACAUCUCCAGAGAGAUCCUCAGGGGAUUAGCUCACUUACAUGCUCAUCAUGUGAUCCACCGGGACAUCAAGGGACAAAACGUGCUGCUGACUGAAAACGCUGAAGUCAAACUGGUGGAUUUUGGUGUGAGCGCUCAGCUGGACCGGACGGUGGGCCGAAGGAACACCUUCAUCGGGACGCCCUACUGGAUGGCUCCGGAGGUCAUCGCCUGCGACGAAAACCCCGACGCCACCUACGACUACAGGAGCGACCUUUGGUCCUGCGGCAUCACUGCCAUAGAGAUGGCGGAGGGAGCGCCCCCUCUGUGUGACAUGCAUCCGAUGAGAGCCCUCUUCCUCAUCCCCAGGAACCCUCCUCCUCGACUGAAGUCCAAAAAAUGGUCGAAGAAGUUCUUCAGCUUCAUUGAGGGCUGCCUGGUGAAGAACUACACCCAGCGGCCCCCCACUGAGCAGCUGCUGAAGCACCCCUUCAUCCGGGACCAGCCCAACGAGAGGCAGGUCCGCAUCCAGCUCAAGGAUCACAUCGACAGAACCAAGAAGAAGAGGGGCGAGAAAGAUGAGACAGAGUAUGAAUACAGUGGGAGUGAAGAAGAGGAGGAAGAAGCUUCUGAGCAAGAAGGAGAGCCAAGCUCCAUAGUCAACGUUCCGGGCGAGUCGACGUUGCGCCGCGACUUCAUCAGGCUGCAGCAGGAGAACAAGGAGCGCUCCGAGGCCCUGCGCCGCCAGCAGCUCCUCCAGGAGCAGCAGCUCCGCGAGCAGGAGGAGUACAAGCGCCAGCUGCUGGCCGAGAGGCAGAAACGAAUCGAGCAGCAGAAGGAGCAGCGCAGGCGGCUGGAGGAGCAACAACGGCGCGAGCGCGAGAUGAGGAGGCAGCAGGAGCGCGAGCAGCGCCGACGGGAGCAGGAGGAGAAGAGGCGCAUCGAGGAGAUGGAGCGCCGUCGCAAAGAGGAGGAGGAGCGAAGGAGGGCGGAGGAGGAGAAGAGGAGGGCCGACCGAGAGCAGGAGUACAUCCGGCGGCAGCUAGAGGAGGAGCAGAGGCACCUGGAGAUCCUGCAGCAGCAGCUCCUCCACGAACAGGCCAUGCUUCUUGAGUAUAAAUGGCGGGAGCUUGAGGAGCAGCGGCAGGCUCAGAAGCUCCAGAGGCAGCUGCAGCAGGAGCAGGUCUACCUGCUGUCACUGCAGCAGAACCAGAACCAGAACCCGGACGGUAGCAAAACAAGCCAGCAGCAGAGCGCCAAACCCCCGCAGAGCCUCGAAGCAGACAGGGUAAAGCCCCCGCAGACGCCUGACUCGGAUCCACCCAAACAACCGCAGGGCAUUAGCAAUGAGAAGACGCGGCCCGGCCCGGAGAAAACGUCAGAACCCAGGCUUCCUGCGGCUGAGCGACAAGGCCCCGCACCUGACUCUGAGCCGGUCAGAGAGGCCGACGAGCGGUACAGGAAGAACAUUCAGGGUUCCCCGCAGUCGGCUCAGACCAAACCCCAGCAGCCCCCGGUGCCGCCGCGCUCCGAGUCUUCGCACGCUAACGGGAACGCCGCAUCGGAGGCGCCCGCGAUGCUCCGACCUGUGGAGCCGCAGGUCCGUUCCCAUCUGGCUGCUCUCAAGAGCAGCAGCAGUGUGGCCUCACCAAACUCAUCUGCUUCAACCCCACCCGUCAUGUCCCGGUCGCACUCCUUCACCGAGCCGCUAACGCCUAGCUUUGAAAACCACCGCCCGCACAAAAGCCAUGAACCCCACCAACACCGUCAUCCUGCAUCCUCCUCAUCAUCACCGUCAUUCUUACCAUCAACGCCUGCACGCACUGAGCCACAAACCCAUCCCCAGUCCCGACCCAUGCCCCACGAAAAGGUCCCGUCAGAGGACGGCCCGCCCAGGGUUCCUGUCAGGACAACGUCAAGGUCUCCGGUGUUGUCGAGGCGAGACUCGCCUCAUCACCAUAGCAGUGCCCCACAGAGCAGGGACGUGCUCCGAAACGCUGGCAGUUCGGCAGAGCCGCGGCUCCUGUGGGAACGCGUGGAGAAACUGGUUCCCAAAGCGAGCGGUAGUAGCGGCAGCGGAGGCUCCAGUUCCUCCAGCAGCUCCAGUAACUCCAGCUCUCAGUGCGACUCUGGAGAGAGGUUCAGGGCCCGCUCUUCUUCCAAAUCGGAGGGCUCGCCCCUCCAGCGACCAGAGAAUGCUGGGAAAAAGCCGGAGGAGAGGAGGGACUUGGUCAGACCAAACAAACCAGCGGACCUGACGGCUCUGGCCAAGGAGUUGCGUGCAGUGGACGAUGUUCGUCCUCAGAACAAGGUGACGGAUUAUUCGUCCUCCAGCGAAGACUCAGACACCACCGACGAAGACGACGACGAAGAGGUGGACCAGGAGGCAGGCGAAGAAUCGACGUCUGGCCCGGAGGAUUCCAAAGCUGUCUCUUCCAAGCUGAGCAACGGCGAGACGGAGUCGGUGAAAACCAUGAUAGUCCACGACGAGGGCGAGAACGAAGCAGGAACGACUCGGUGCAAAGACAGCACGCUGGUUGUCAGACAGAGCGCAGGUGACAACAGAAAGCGCGCGGCCCCCGCGUCGGGCCAAACGCAGACCCUUAGCCUGCUCGUGGGCUUCCCUCCGAGCCCUGGCUCGGCGCCGGCGCAGGGACUCAUCCUCCACACCCCCAGCCCCCCACACCAACACCACCACCACCAUCACCACCACCACCAUCACCCCACGCAGCACCCUGACCGGAACGGCUUUGCCGGCCGCAUCCAUCACCUCCCAGACCUGAUCCAGCAGAGCCACCACUCCUCCCCCUCCUCCUCUGCAUCCAGCUCCCCUUCUUCUUCCAGCCUUGCCAGUCCCUCCACCAUGUCCCCCCAGAGCCCGCUGGAGAAGCUCGGCAUUCUGGCAGAGAGCCAGUCGAGUAACAACAUGCAGAAACACAAGUCCUCUUCGUCUUUCACUCCGUUCAUCGACCCGCGCCUCCUCCAAGUGUCUCCGUCGACCGGCAGCGCCCUCAACAAUGUCGGCUACGCGAACGACGCCCGGCUGGCGGAGGCGCUCAGGGCCGACCCGUCCCGGAAAGGCUCCGUCGUCAACGUCAACCCGGUCAACACCCGCCCCCAGAGCGACACGCCGGAGAUCCGCAAGUACAAGAAGAGGUUCAACUCCGAGAUCCUGUGUGCCGCACUUUGGGGCGUCAACCUGUUGGUGGGAACAGAGAGCGGCCUGAUGCUGCUGGAUCGCAGCGGUCAGGGGAAAGUUUACCCUCUGAUCAACCGGCGGCGCUUCCAGCAGAUGGACGUCCUGGAGGGACUCAACGUCCUCGUCACUAUAUCAGGUAAAAAGAACAAGCUGCGUGUCUACUACCUGUCCUGGCUGAGGAACAAGAUCCUUCACAACGACCCUGAGGUGGAGAAAAAACAGGGCUGGACCACCGUAGGGGAUCUGGAAGGCUGUGUUCACUACAAAGUUGUAAAAUACGAGCGGAUCAAGUUCUUGGUUCUGGCUCUGAAGAACUCGGUGGAGGUCUACGCCUGGGCGCCCAAACCCUACCACAAGUUCAUGGCCUUCAAGUCUUUCGGUGACCUGGUGCACAAGCCCCUGCUGGUUGACCUCACUGUGGAGGAAGGGCAAAGGUUAAAGGUCAUCUACGGCUCCUGCUCAGGCUUCCACGCCGUCGACGUGGACUCCGGCGCGGUCUAUGACAUCUACCUGCCGACCCACAUCCAGAACAAUAUUCAGUCUCACGCCAUCAUCAUCCUCCCCAACACCGACGGCAUCGAGCUGCUGGUGUGCUACGAGGACGAGGGGGUUUACGUCAACACCUACGGACGCAUCACCAAGGACGUGGUGCUGCAGUGGGGGGAGAUGCCCACCUCAGUGGCCUACAUUCGCUCCAACCAGAUCAUGGGCUGGGGCGAGAAGGCCAUAGAGAUCCGCUCGGUGGAGACCGGUCACCUGGACGGAGUCUUUAUGCAUAAGAGAGCCCAGAGACUCAAGUUCCUCUGUGAAAGAAAUGAUAAGGUGUUCUUCGCCUCCGUUCGGCCCGGAGGCUCCAGCCAGGUCUACUUCAUGACUCUGGGCCGAAGCAACCUUCUCAGCUGGUAGAGGUCCACGCCCUGCCCUCCUGUUUGUUCUCCUCCUCGUCCUUCGCAUCGUCCCCCUCUCACACCUCGCUAACACUGGAUCUCAGAACCCACCUACCGUGUUUCUGUCGACGCUAGGACAACGAAAACAGCCGCCGGCUCGAGACCCCAUCAGCGCGGUCCACGGCGUCGACCUCACCCCGUUUUCUUCUGCUGGUGGGCGCCGGGGCCUCGACCUGGCGACGCGGCGACGACCCCGAGAAACAAAAAGGUCGCCCGCUUUCCUCAGAAAUACCGGAAGUGACGACUUGCUUCCAGAAGUAAAACCAAUAGCUUACAUGCUUAAGGAGGUAGAAAUUAAAACAAAUGUGAAUUUAAUAAAAGAGGACAGACGACGUGUGUUUUUCCUCUCAGCCUGUCUCGGUGCUCGUCACGUUGCGAUGGGGUCGACGUUGAACUCCCGCUUUGUUUCCGUGCUCUCGAGUUGGUUCAGUAACAUCGAUGUCGUUUAAACCAGGAGCUCGGCGAACGCUACUCUCUCUUCUACUACUGUCCGCAGCUCUGCCUCUCGGAAGGGAGUUCGUCUUAUUUACGCGACGGCGGUGUGUGUGUAGAAGCAGGUCUUGGGUGGGAUCAGGUGUUUUUAACGGGGGACGCAUGUGUGAUGAUGUUGCUUUAAAGAAAAAAAAAACACAACAGGAUGACGGAAAGAGAAAGGACCAGUCAGGCAGG